CCAAGCCCUCUGUCCGUCUCCUCUGGUAGGUUCCACAAUGGUACAGGCAGCAUCACGCUGCACAAUGGUUUCCAGGCAGUGAAAGAGGGUGAUUCAGCAAGCCACUCUUCUUCUUCUUUUUAAAAAUCUUCCCUUCUCUUUUUAUUUUUAUGGGGGUGGGUGGUGCCUGUUAUAUGCUUACCAUUUUCUUUUCUUUUUUCAUUUUUACAAUUUUCCUUUUUUCUCCUCACCCCUCAAUUCUUAGGGGCUUGAGUGACUUUAAGAUUGGGUUUUCUUGGAAAUCACUUGUCCAUCAUUAAUUUUAAAUAAUUUUCCCACCUCCAAAGAAUCUGCUCCUUAUAACAGUUUGGGAUGUGGUUAAUGAAAAACAAGUAGGGAGGAUUUCUGGGGCAAACACUGCUGGAUGAGGAUCGUAGUUCUGAAGCACGGAAUGAAGCACUAGGCUAAAUUUGGGCUGGGGAGAGGAACAGAGAACAGGAAUCAGCUUCGACAUAAGAGGAAACAUUGGCACUGCAGUCAUAUAGGGGUUGGCUAGUUUGGAUGUAACAGUUUUGCUGCUCUGGCUAGUAUGAGAAACACCAGUGGCAGGAUCAUCUCAGAUCUUCAUUAUGGCAACACAUGCAAGAAGCUGUUGAAUUAGAUCCGUUUCCUAUAGAUGAGAACCCAUACAAGCAGUGGUAUUUAUGAGCCUCCAUUUACUGUACUACUGCAGUGAACCAACCUUGGAUGUGAAAAUUGCCUUUUGUCAGGGAUUUGAUAAACAAGUGGAUGUGUCAUAUAUUGCCAAACAUUACAACAUGAGCAAAAGCAAAGUUGACAACCAAUUCUACAGUGUGGAAGUAGGAGACUCAACCUUCACAGUUCUCAAGCGCUACCAGAAUCUAAAGCCUAUUGGCUCUGGGGCUCAGGGAAUAGUUUGUGCUGCAUAUGAUGCUGUCCUUGACAGAAAUGUGGCCAUUAAGAAGCUCAGCAGACCCUUUCAGAACCAAACACAUGCCAAGAGAGCUUACCGGGAACUGGUCCUCAUGAAGUGUGUGAACCAUAAAAACAUUAUUAGUUUAUUAAAUGUCUUCACACCCCAGAAAACGCUGGAGGAGUUCCAAGAUGUUUACUUAGUAAUGGAACUGAUGGAUGCCAACUUGUGUCAGGUGAUUCAGAUGGAAUUAGACCAUGAACGGAUGUCUUAUCUUCUAUACCAAAUGCUGUGUGGCAUCAAGCACCUUCACUCUGCUGGAAUUAUUCACAGGGAUCUAAAGCCAAGUAACAUUGUAGUGAAGUCUGAUUGUACAUUGAAAAUUCUCGACUUUGGACUGGCCAGGACCGCAGGCACAAGCUUCAUGAUGACUCCUUAUGUGGUGACACGUUAUUACAGAGCCCCUGAGGUCAUCCUGGGAAUGGGCUACAAGGAGAACGUGGAUAUAUGGUCUGUGGGAUGCAUUAUGGGAGAAAUGGUUCGCCACAAAAUCCUCUUUCCAGGAAGGGACUAUAUUGACCAGUGGAACAAAGUAAUUGAGCAGUUAGGAACACCAUGUCCGGAAUUCAUGAAGAAAUUGCAACCUACAGUAAGAAACUAUGUGGAGAAUCGGCCUAAGUAUGCAGGACUCACCUUCCCAAAGCUCUUUCCAGAUUCCCUCUUUCCCGCUGAUUCUGAGCACAAUAAACUCAAAGCCAGCCAAGCCAGGGACUUGUUGUCAAAGAUGCUAGUGAUUGACCCAGCCAAGAGGAUAUCAGUGGACGAUGCCUUACAGCAUCCAUACAUCAAUGUUUGGUAUGACCCUGCCGAAGUGGAGGCGCCUCCACCUCAGAUAUAUGACAAACAGUUGGAUGAAAGAGAACACACCAUUGAAGAAUGGAAAGAACUUAUCUACAAGGAAGUAAUGAAUUCAGAAGAAAAGACUAAAAAUGGUGUCGUAAAAGGACAGCCCUCUCCUUCAGGUGCAGCAGUGAACAGCAGUGAGAGUCUCCCUCCAUCCUCGUCCGUCAAUGACAUCUCCUCCAUGUCCACCGACCAGACCCUGGCAUCUGACACUGACAGCAGCCUGGAAGCCUCGGCAGGACCCCUGGGUUGUUGCAGGUGACUAGCCGCCUGCCUGCGAAACCCAGCGUUCUUCAGGAGAUGAUGUGAUGGAACACACACACACUCACAGAUACUCACGCACACACACAAAUGCAGACACGCAAUGACAAGAAAACAGCAAGGAAGAGAAACCAAGCCUAAAAUUGAAACAAAUCUUUCAGCCUGCUUCUUCUCCAGAGUUCUGUAUUGCAGCUAAGCCAAAUGUAUAUCUAACGUAGUUGCUCUUGCUUUGGUCUUCUUCCAAUGAUGCUUACUACAGAAAGAAAUCAAACACAAUUAGAGAAGCCUUUUCCAUAAAGUGUAAUUUUAAUGGCUGCAAAACCAGCGACCUGUAACUGCCCUUUCAAAUGGCAUGACAAGGUGUGCAAUGGCCCCAACCAGCAUGUGUGUGUCUCUAUCUUGCAUCUACCUGCUCCUUUUGGCCUAGUCAGAUGGAUGUAGAUACAGAUCCGCAUGUGUCUGUAUUCAUACAGCACUGCUAACUUAGAGAUGCUACUGUCAGUGUCCUCAGGGCUCUACAAGACAUCAUGCACUGGGGUACUACAUGGUCCAUUUCAUGUGAUCUACUACUCUGACAUAAACCCAUCUGUGAUAUAUUGCCAGUAUAUAAGCUGUUUAGUUUGUUAAUUGAUUAAGCUGUAUGUCUUAUAAGAAAACAUGUAAAGAGGGGAAAUGGGGGGAGUGAGCUCUCUCGGACCCUUGAAGAUGUAGCUUCCAAAUUUGAAUUGAUUAAAUGGCACCUGUACACCAAUUUGUAGAAAGAGCAUAUGUGAUACUUAUGUAUAUGUGGGGGUGGGAGGGGUAACAGUUUCCAGGCACUGAAUGGUUUGGCCUUUAAAAGGAAGGUGGGAAUAAAAGCUGAGGGUCUUUUCUCUGACAGUGUGUGAGUAGGAUUAGCUAUAGUAGUGUUGCAGUAAGAAGACCUAGAGGAGAUUAUUGCUCAGACACUAGGAGACACUGACAUCCAUAUAUUGGAGAAUAGACCCCAUUUGUAAUUUACACAUUAUGUGUCAUAACUGGACAGAGAACAGCAGGUGGCAAGGCAGGGCUGUUGUGCUUGCAUCUGAUGGUGAGAAUUGCUCCCUGAAACAGAGCAGGAAGCCUCUGCAUGAUGUCUUUAACAGAAAAUGAGCCUCCUUAGACUAUCUUCACAUUGUGGGUUGUGUUUUCCAUGAGUGGACUGCUUCCCAGGUUUAUACUCUGUCAAGGCUUUACUUUGAGAAGAAAUGUUACUUGCCUCAUCUGGAAUUUUAAAAAAUUACUUUAAAAAACCCCAAAGCACAGGGUGAUCCUCAGGUUAACAUUUGAAAACAUUUUCACAGACGUUAUUAUUUCUCAGGAGUUUCCCUGACUCCUUACUAUGGCUAAUGUUUCAUAUUUAUUUAUUUUCAUAACUUUGAACCAUCCAAGAAGGGCUGAUCACUUGUUUAGUACCACAGUCUAUGCGACAGCAAUAACUCUGACCAUAAGUUAGUGCCGCUAAACAGCUUUAGCAAUAUGAGUUUGUCUUAAAAGCCAUAAAGCAUUUAUAUCAAUGUUUAGCAAAAUCCCCUGAAUUUAGCUCACAUUCAAUGAAAGUGCUUUCCAGAGCACCUAAGGAGGUGCUGUGAAACAUCUUGAUUAUAUACACAAGACAAUACCAGGGUGACUUCUCAGCAAUACUACGGACUGGGUUGAGGCUUCCUUUCUUAUUCAUUUUGGUGAACUGUCAUCCGUCACAGCUACUUGCCCUCUGACCAUUUUGGUGUUGCCAAUAUGGCGAUAUUCACCUGAAGAAGAAGUGAGAUGCAUGAAAUAGGUGGGUGUCCAAUGUGAUAUGGCUGUAAAAUGGAAUCUCUUAAAAAAUAGAGCAAACAAGAAUGCCAGUGCCCUGAAAACUGCCUUAAAUUUAACAAUAAGGGAGCUUUGUCUCUUUCCAAGCAACCGAGUCGACCCCCACAGUAACUGUGCGAGCAGUGCUGCCAUUUACAGGAUUGCUUCAUGCAGUAGGAUUCAGGACAAGAGGUCGCUUGUUUAAAAUGGGGAGAAAAAAAAUUAGACUGCAGGUUUUCCCCUAGAAUAGAAGUGGCCCAGUUUCUGGGUCUUGAUGCCGUUGUUUUUGGUUAAUAUUGCAGAUAACCUGAUUUUUGUAAAGCUCUCUCACUUUUCCUCUGUCACACUCCCCCACCCCAAUUCCUCAAAAAACCAAAAAUUUUUCUUCUUUCUACCCAUCAUUCUUUACUUGCCUUCUUUCUCUGUGUUCUUCUCUUGCUUCACUUGUGGCCUCUCUGCUCCUGACUUCCUAGCACUUACAAUUAAGUACAGAGAGCAGGCAGCUCUUUGAAAGAAAGUGCAAAGGGAACAAAAUGGCAUCAAAGACAGAAGGAAAUCUCCGGUCGGCAUCUUAGAAGUAUUUGACAAUUAUACUCUCUCUUAUGUGUGCAAAAGUGGUGAUUUUUUUCUUUUGCUCGGAUUAAACCAGGCAAGAACUAGGUAAUGUUUCUCUCCUGCUAUUACUACCCUCCCUAAUCUUUACUAGUCUGACCUCCCUGUUGCCUGGCUCUCAGGAGCCAAUUACCUUUGGCCACAACUCCCCAUGGACAAGCAAAAAUGGAACAAAUCCCUCAGUUUGAAAUGUCAUGUGCAAAUAGAGGUAAGAGUUUGACUUCUUGACUGCUGAUAGAAUUAAUUUCACUAGGUUAUCAAAGCAAGAUAGGUGAUGGAACAACAAAGCCCACCAACCCUUUACAAUCUUGAGUGUAUAUCUUCAGGAGGUGAUUAUGUUAUUGUCAAAUUUACAAAGUAUAUUAUGUUCUGCAUUGGGCACUUUUUCCCUGAAGAAAAUUCUAUAUAGUCACCUGUAAUUUCCAAAGGACUCUUGCUUUUCAGGCAGGGAAGUAUCAAGUCACCUGGACUAUAUUUCUGAAGAAGUGAAGGUCCUGUCUGUUGUUGGGUUUCAUUUUAGAAUAUGUGGUUGGCACCUGAGAGACCUAACCUUCUGUCACUUCCUUCAGGGUCUUGGUUGUGCAGUGAUCCUUAGUGAAAUAUUUUGUUUUAUUUUGUAAGUAGGAUGGCUAUGUGCCCACAGGCAAGAGAAAUUAAAUUGUUGGGAGAGUUUGGCAAAAUCCACCACCAUACUGAUGAUAUUUUUAUAUGAAUUCUGUGAGACUGUUCAUUUUUUUAGAAAAGGUAUGUUGUCCUUACAACCAAAUUUCUUCUUGUACAAUAAGAACUGAUAGUGAUCUUGCAUCUUCAAGAAUCUGAUGACUGAGCUUUGUAGGAAUGUAUACCGCAGGUGGACCAACGCCUGGCCAAUCCUUUCCAGUUGGAGUGAGCCAUUUAACUGAAGGCCAAGGAAAAGAAUUGUUGUCCUCAAUCUGUUACCAUUAUCAGAAAAAUAUUACUUAAGGAUAUUGAAAACAGCUUACUGGUAAAUUAAAAAAAAAAUAGACCUUGACAAAUGGAAUAAGUGGGAUAAAAAUAAAUAAACCUUUUUAGGACCUAGGGUAAGGGAGGAUGUGGGUAGAAGCAAACUUCAUUUUUAAAUUUUAAAUACUCAUUGCAAAAUCUAAACUAUACAAAGCAUAUUUCUUUUUAAUUCUUUAUAUAUGGAAAUCUAAAUCUUAAAAGCAGUUCAUUCUAUUAAGAAUGUUUUUGCCAGCUUUGUUGAAAAAUUUAUGUUCUACAGCUCAGAGAACUGAAUAAAAUUACUCCAGGAUUCUUUGAUCCCUAUCACUUUGGGUCUAAAGAUGAAUCCCACUCCCCUCUCACAAUCCUCCCCAACCCCUUGCCCCCGCAGUUAUAAAUUGUGAGAAUCUAACAUUUUCCACAGAUAUCAUUAAACCAUCAAGAAAACUCCUUCCUUAAAAAACAACAAACAAGGUACAAUGUAAAUAGUUAUAUUAGUUAUUUUCCAUGUGAUUAAAAUAUAAGAUUCUGUUAUUUCUUUGGGCACUUAGAAAGUCUGUUCACUGUCUGAAAUGGUUUACUUUGACCCAUUUCUUUGGUCAGCCAAGCUGAAAUGGAAGGCCUGUGUUUAUAUGUGAACUUCUGUGUGUCUAACUUUUGAUUCUGUGGGACCAAUGGCCAGUAUGUUCUAAUGGAAGCAAAUCUCCCAAACCUUAUUUAGCAUUAAACUGUUCACCUUGCCAUAUCUAUCUUACAGCAGCACCUAACUUGCACCUGCCUGUUAUUCUGCAUGAUUGGACUCCCAAGACUAUUCUAAUGAUGAGAAUUGUCCUGUACUGGAUUUAAAGCACACGCACAUCCACACACACCUCACCCUCACAGUUCUAGAUCAGCCCAAGAAGGUGAAAUCAUGUGUGUCCAGUUUCUUUGUAAGGUCUUAGUGGCGAGAACUAGAAGUUAGCCUAAUGGAUCAAUGUAAUCUCGAUGAUAUUUAAUAAGGUUUGAAAUUAUUUAAUUCAUUUCUGUGUUCUUUCUCACUCUCUUUUAUUUCUACUGUUUUUCUUUAUUUUCAAAAUGUCAGUGGAACAAGAGGGAAGAUGGGGGAGAACUUUGGCUUUUUUGGAUUCUUUAGAGGUGGAUACUGAGUCAGUACAUUGUGAUUUCUGUUUCUAAUGAAUUAUUAAAAAAAUGCAAAUCUGCUUCCCUAAACAUAAAACCAAGCCUAAACCCAGAUAUUGUUGAAGUUUGCCUGUUGAUAAUGGUGGUUGUGCUGCUCAUUGUCCUGGGUUUCAUGUCUUGACAGUAGCUCUGAAACAUCUUACAUGGUUUCAUAGUGUGAUCCAACUGUGCCAGGGGAUAAGUAGGAAAUGAGGAAUGACUUCCUUUCCCUCUAUGGGUAAGGAAUAUAUAAUGUGUAUAUCAUCAUGCAGAAAGCCGUGCUUUCAUUUGGGAUAAAAAUGACCUUCAUUUCUGUUUGGGGAAUCCAGUUGUGUGUCUGUAGUUCAGUAAGUUUCCUUAAAUGCAUAAAAUCAGUGAAGGGGAAAAAUCAUUUUCUGAGAGCAUUAUAGGUGAGUAGAAUAAGGUUAAAUAUCUUUGGUUAAUUUAUCAGAAUUUUUAAUCAGUUCAAUUAUUACCCAAGAGAGAAAGGAAUGGUAAAUAACCUUAAUAUCUCAAACUCUAUGGUGAAUUAACAAUAUAUAAUUUUGUGGCUUGAUAAGGAGGUCACUGAACCUGUGUUAAUUUAGCUGGAAGUAUCUGAACAAUGUAAACGAAUGGCCCCUCUAUUUCUGUAAAUAAAACAUUUUACUUAAUCAAUUAACUAAGAAAACCCGGAAUAUAAACAUACCUAGUCUUUUGAGAUAACAAUGUAUCCUUCUAUUUAUAAGGAAAGUAGAAACCAAAGCCUUUUGAUAUCUCUGGUGUAGAUUCUAUUCUGAUUAAAACCACAGAUCUUUAUUCUCUUAAUAAAAAAAGUUUAACACUGGUCAAGUAAAGGUACCUGAAAAGAUCCACAAUAUUAAGAAGGAAAAUUGAAUUCCACACUAUUACACAUGGAGAAAAAGUGUCAGAAGGAAUUAUUGAUGCAUACCAUGUACCACAAAACAUCACUAAAUAUUUGGGUAAUAUUAACUCCUUUUGCCAUGAGGAAAAGAAAGGAGUCUUGAAAACUACCUUUCUUGUAGCUACUUAGGUAACAACCAAUCUAGAAGGAUAUUCCAUUUGCUUAAUAACUUCAUUGGGUUGUAUGGAAAGUGGCAGGUUUUGACAUUACCAAUUCUUCGGAAUGGUGUUUUGUAGUUGUAAUGUGCCUUUCCUCCAAGGAUUUUGAAAGGCAUGCCUGGAAGACAUCUGUCACGUAGUGGAUAACAUUGAGAAUCUUCCUGUCUCAGAUCACAUCAC